UUGUCCCGAAGUUAAACGUGUUAUUAACAGUUUCAAUACACAUUUCGAGUGUCUGUUUGGAAAUGUUAGUUGUUGCAAGUCCGCUAACAAAUGUAGAUUCAAACUAAGUUUGUGAAGAGGAUAGGAAAUCUGUCUUCUGAUAAUCUUACAGAAUCCUAUAUUGAAGUUUGGCAGGCAAAAUAGCGCCUAAAGAACCUAAGAAAGCUGCUCAAUAUUCAUGCGCACUAAGCUUCAAAUCAGACGGAAAUGAAGAUUGUGGAACUGAUAAGCAGCAGGUUCCUACAAAUCGUGGCUGCUCUUUCAGCGUCAAUGGCCUUCACCCUUACUGGUCUGGGAGUAGGAUGGACGGCGCCCACCAUACCGAAGCUGUUGGCUGAAGAUUCACCUAUCCCCAUGACUGCAGACGAGAGCUCCUGGAUGGUGGCAAUGUUGUCUGUGGGUUCUGUAGCUGGGGUGAUCCCCCUCGCAUACUUCAGUAACGUGAUGGGCCGCAAAAGUAUUCUUAUUUUCUCUGCAAUUCCCGGCAUUGCCGCCUGGCUAAUAAUUAUCUUUACGGCUUCAGUAGAAGCUCUUUAUGUCGCUCGCUUUCUGAUUGGUGUGGAGGUUGCAGUCACCUUUGCCAUCACGCCUAUCUAUCUGACUGAGAUCUCGGAAGUUAAAAUUCGUGGAAUUCUAAGUUCUGUUGUGCAGCUGUUUUACAAUAUUGGAGCUCUUUUUGAGUUCAGCAUGGGGCCUUACGUGUCAUACACAACUCUCGGCAUAUCAUCAGCAGUUUUUCCAGUUGCGUUCCUUCUGGUCAUGGUGUGGAUGCCUGAAUCGCCAUACUUUCUACUUCUUAAAGGUAGGGGGAGUGACGCUGAAAGAUCCUUAAUGCGCCUGCGUGGGAAAACAGACAGACAGCACGUCCAGGAAGAAUUAACAGAAAUAAGAAAAAUUGUGGAUGAAUCCCUGAAGAUGGGAACAGCUCCUGUACGUGAUCUUUUCAUGAAAAGGGGAAACCGUAGGCCCCUUAUUUUGAUACUAAGCCUUGUCAUGUUACAGCAGUUCUGCGGUCAACUGGCAAUUGUAUCUUACACGACGCAGAUAUUGCAGAGAUCUGCAAGUUCGAUUGAUGCGCAUAUCUCGGUUAUAAUUUCAGGAGGAAUCCAAACAGUUGCUAGUGUAGCCAUGUCUUCUGUGGUAGACCGAGUUGGUCGCAAACCCCUUAUCCUUUCAUCUACCGUCGGGGUUGGUGUGUCUACACUGGGGUUAGCUCUGUACUUCUACUUGGAGAGCAAAACAGAUGUCGAUUUAUCUACAGUCGAUUGGAUUCCGAUCACGUGUCUCGUUGCAUACGUUUCGCUGUUUUCACUUUCACUUGGCGUUUUGCCCUUCACAAUAAUGGGUGAAAUAUUCCUUCCAAACGUUAAGGGUUUAGCAGCGUCACUGGCACUCCUGGUGCACUCAGCCUCAGGCAUAGUUGUGACCAAAUUGUUUCAAAUUAUGACCGAUUCUACCGGAGCAGAUUCUCCAUUUUGGCUCUUCUCUGCGUACUGCUUUAUUAGUGCAGUGUUUAUUUCAUGGUAUUUGCCGGAGACAAAGGGUAAAACUUUCGCUGAAAUACACGAAUUAUUUAAUGCAGAUUCAUACCCUAUAAAAGUUAAUAAAAUGUCAAGACUUAAAUAGGUUAUAAUAAAACAAAAGACAAUGCAUUACAUUGAUCAUGCUCAGGCUGUCAUAAACAGUCACCGAGUGACAAUUAGAUACGUGUACAAGAUAUCAGAUGUUACUUACAAAGUACGUUAUGUAUUUGCAUGCCGGUAUGUGCUCUGGAAGAGCCGGUCACGGUAGCUGA